AUGAAAAGUAGGUAUGUUUGUGGCGAACAGGCGGCUGUCGAGCGUCGCGGCACACUCGGAUGGCCGCCCGUUUCUACGGGCAGCUCUCUUUUGCGCGAGGGACGCGCCGGGUCUCGACGCGAACAAAAGUACGGUAGGGGGCGGGGUUGGCCGCAUGCCAAAGCGUUUUAUCACUCUCUCGUCCGUUUAGCUCAAGAUCCAUCGAUUUUCGUCCCUUAUUUCGAGAUUUUGACAGUGAGUUUUUCGUAUGCUUCAAUUUUCAUGCAAAAUUAUCGAUUUUCACUGCAAUUUCACCGUAAAAGCGUGUUUUUUCGCAGAAUACAAUUGUUUUUCUGAAGAUUUGCGAUUUAUGCGAAAAACUGCAUGAGAACACGAGUGUCAUGCGUUUUUCUGCGUUUCCACAUGUGUUUUUCUUUGAAAACGUAAAUUUUUACGGAUAAAACUGAGAAUUUUGCACUAUUGCCGUGCAAACGUAUAUUUUUGCUGUAAAAAAUCUAUUUAACUUUCCAGAAAUGUCGCAAACACAACCAACACAACAGCAACAACAGCAGCAGCAGCAGCCCGAAGCGAUCGUCUGCGAUCAGGAUCAGCAGCCGCCACGCGAGUUCGGCGGAAUCGAGGGCCCGAACUCGAAAUACGUGAAGCUGGUGAGCAGCGACGACCACGAGUUCAUCAUCAAACGCGAGCUGGCGCUUACCUCGGGCACGAUUCGCGCGAUGCUCAGCGGUCCGGGCGUCUACCAGGAGAACGAGAGCAACGUCGUCUACUUCCGCGAGAUUCCGUCGCACGUGCUGCAGAAGGUGUGCCAGUACUUUGCGUACAAAGUGCGCUACACACACGCCGCCACCGAGAUCCCCGAGUUUCCGAUUCCGCCGGAGGUCGCACUGGAACUGCUGAUGGCCGCCAACUUCCUCGAUUGCUGA